GCAGGAAGUCUGGGACGCCACUGUGGGACUGCGCAUGGGCAGAGAAGUAACACGUUAAAAACAUUAACAGGAGCCUGUGGGAUUGAGAAUGUGUCAUAAUACCACAUUUUCUGUUGUGCCGGAAUAACGUGCAUGGCGGAUUAUGGUGUAAAUGCGCACGACCGACUGUGUUCUCCUUUGUUCCCGGGUGAGAGGUGAGCGCUGCUGCUAAUUUCCUCCUCGCCAGUUGCAGCUGUCUGAACCUGCAGUAUCACCAUGAGCGGCCCGCCGAGCCCUUCUCCUGCCCGGUGGUUCAAGACGCUGAGAAGGACCAGGCUGGGGGAGCCAUGUUUGAAGACAUACCCUCUGGAGUGCAUAGAUCUGCUGAAGAGGGCAAGAGUCGCCUUUCAGGCUGGACGCACCCUCAAGGAUGGCUUCAGACUGGCUCAGCUGGAGGCUGUGGUGCAGAUGCUGGAGGAACAUGAGUGUGACUUUGUGGAUGCUCUUGGAAGGGACCUUCAUAAGCCACGGUUUGAGACAGUUGUGUCAGAACUGGUUCUUGUCAAGAGCGAGGCAUUUUAUGCCAUCAACAACCUAAAGAAGUGGAUGCAGCCACAGCAUGUGGAAAGAAACCUGUCCACCACUUUGGACGAGUGUCUGGUGGUCAGUGAGCCGCUCGGGGUGGUGUUUAUCGUGGGGACCUGGUGUAAUCCUGUCCAAAUGUGCCUGGUGCCACUGGUCGGGGCAAUCGCAGCGGGAAACUGUGCAGUCAUCAGUCCCUCUGAGUGCACCGCUCACACAGCAGAGCUACUUCACCGUCUCAUCCCCUUUUACCUCGACAAUGAAUGCUUCCAUGUGAUCCUUGCAGGCACAAAUGACUUGCCUGAAGUUGUGGAACUUAAAUUUGACCAUGUUUUUUUUACAGGAAACAGAGAGGAAGGCAGCAGAAUUGCUCAGGCUGCCGCUCGCACACUCACACCCGUCACCCUGAUUUUGGGUGGCAAGAACCCGUGUUAUGUGGACCAACACUGUGAGAUUGCCACCACCGCGCAGCGCAUUGCUUGGGCACGUUUUCACAAUGCUGGACAGAGCUUGGUGGCUCCUGACUACAUCCUGUGCCACAGGGAUGUCAAAGCACGGUUGGUGCAGGCCCUGAAGUGCUGCCUAAUGCAGUUCUACGGUUCUGAUCCCAAAGAGUCCCGCAGUUAUGGCCGCAUGGUCAAUCUAGAGUUCUUCAACCGCACAAGAGACAUGCUGUGGAGAUCUGGCAAGGUGGCUGUGGGUGGGCAAGUGAUAGAAGCAGAGAAAUAUAUCGCCCCAACGAUAUUAACAGAAGUAGUGGAACAAGAUCUUAUCAUGCAAAAGGAUGUUUUUGGCCCAGUUCUUCCUGUUCUGACUGUAAACAACAUGGAUGAGGCAAUUGACUUCAUAAAUAAGCAAGAGAAACCUCUCUGUGUGUAUGCAUACUCCAGUAACAGCAAGGUCAUCUCAAGGCUAAUGAGUGAGACCUCUAGUGGAAGUUUUUGCUCCAAUGACAGUGUCCUGCAGAGUCUAAUGGUGGCUCUGCCUUUUGGUGGAGUUGGUGCCAGUGGAAUGGGUUCCUAUCAUGGCCGCCACAGCUUCGAUACCUUCUCCCACAGGAAAUCAUGCCUGCUAAGAAGCACGCGGUUUGAGUGUGUAACCUAUCUGCGUUAUCCACCCUAUGAGGACCGCAAUCUGUCUCUAAUGACAUGGGCCAGCACCCUGUCCCAGAAGAGCCAGGGCUGGUGCCAGAUCCUGUGACUGUGUGGGAAGAUGACAACAGAGCCAUGUUGGAAGAACGCCGAGCGCAAGACCUGAACAGUUUUGACAUGCAAGUGUAUUGUUGGUGUAUUAAAAAUAGAUGAGAACAAAAACUGCUGGGAUAGAGCCACAUCUAACAGAGGAAGAGCAAUAUCCACAGUUGUUAUAUGUCUAGGUGAUGGCAAUUGUAAACAGAAUAAGACUUAAAGUGCGUCUGCUGCAGAGCCAUGAACGUACUUAAGCUCGACUGAAUGUGUGUGCUUGAUGAAACAUUAACUGCAAAAUGAAAUAUCAGGGAGGUACAA